AUGAGCGAAUUCCCAAGCGCAUUCCGCGCAGCUCAAGUCCUAGGCUUGACAGGCGCCGCCUGGCUCUCAGGCAACAUAUUCUCCCUAAGCCUCAUAUCCACCCCUGCCCUCCUCCAAACCCUCCAGGAAAAACAAGUCACCCCCUCCGUCGCCGCCAAAAUCUGGGCCACCAUCUACAACGCCGGCAAGAUGCAGAACCCGCCCGUCGCGGCCGCCACCGCCGCAGUCUUCUUCUACCUCGCCUGGUCUGUCCGUGAUGGAACGGCGUUGUCGCUGGUCGCAGCGCCGAAUAGUAGCUUCCUGUAUGCUGUUUCGGGGAUCUUGACCGUGGGGAUUGUGCCGUUUACGCUUGCGUUUAUGAUGGGGACGAAUCAUUCGCUGGAGGCGAAGGUGGGGUCUAAGGAUGAGACUGAGGCGACGAGGACGGAGGUUGAGUCGCUUUUGGAGAGAUGGGGAUUGCUGAAUGCUGUGAGGGGGGUGUUCCCUUUGGUUGGGGGGGUGGUUGCGGCACUGGCUGCGAUUCCUUGA